ACGAAAACACAAACGCACACAAGCACACGGCGCAGGGGAAAAAACACGGAGAAAUCGAACGCGAAAGAGGGUGACGAGGGAGGAGAGGAGAGAGAAAGAGAGGCGGGGAAGGAGAUAGCACGGGGGCUUUAUCGGAGAUGGAUGCCGGAGCAAAGGUGCCGAAGAAGGCCGCGGCAGGGCGUCGCGGCGGCGGCGGCCCGAAGAAGAAGCCGGUCUCUCGCUCCGUGAAGGCCGGCCUCCAGUUCCCCGUCGGCCGUAUCGGCCGCUACCUCAAGCAGGGUCGCUACGCCCAGCGUAUCGGCACCGGCGCCCCCGUCUACCUCGCCGCCGUCCUCGAGUACCUCGCCGCCGAGGUCCUCGAGUUGGCGGGGAACGCAGCGCGGGACAACAAGAAAAACCGGAUCAUCCCGCGGCACGUACUGCUGGCGAUCCGCAACGACGAGGAGCUCGGGAAGCUGCUGGCCGGCGUCACCAUCGCGCAUGGCGGGGUUCUGCCCAACAUCAACCCUGUGUUGCUCCCAAAGAAGACCGCUGCCGCCGCCGCCAAGGAGGGCAAAGAGAAGAAGUCACCCAAGAAGGCCGCCACCAAGUCGCCCAAGAAGGCGGCUGCCGCAUAGGCUCCCGCCAAUGCCGGUGCCCUUGUCUCUUGCUCUCUUCCUCUGUCCGCUCUGAACUGAAACGCUCCUAGCUGUCGUUGUCGGUCAAGGUCGUUGUUGCUUGAUGCAUUUGUUGUGGUUGUUCGUGUGUAAUUGCGCGCCUUUCGCCCAAUCCGCAUGUACUGUGUAGGUUGACACUGGUUUAGGUUUCGAUCUGUGAAACGCUGGUUUAGAUUCAAGGAGUGUGUGAGCUGUGAAGGGCAGGGGAUGGGGUGGGAUCUGUGAAUCAUUAGAUGCUGUUUGUAAUAAUAUUGCGAAGAUGUGUAAAAUCCGUUCUGUGCUUCCAUUCCGUGCUUGAUUGUCUGGAUGUGAUAUAUCUUUUCCAU